AUGGACUCCGACGAAGGCAUCGACUACUCUGACAUUGAAGCAAAGUACCAAGUCCAUCUUGAUGACAGUCUCGAGAACGUUGUCGUCGUAGAUGGUAUCCCAAUCAUCGACAAGAAAAAACUCGACAAACUACUCAGUCGUAUCUGCAAGGAGUUCACCCGCAAGGGUAUUCCUGUCAAACCCGAGGAAAUAUAUAUGCCAUGGGACGAUGCUACGGGCAACAACCAAGGCUUCCUGUUCAUCGAAUUCAAGAAUGCGGAUGAAGCCAGCUUGGCCAUCGCCGCUAUGCACAACUAUCAAUUUGACUCUAAACACACAUUCAAAAUCAACCGGUUCACCGACAUCGAGCGUUACAGCGAGAUGGACGAAACCUACGUUGAGCCUGAAGUGGAAGAAUAUGUUCCCAGGGAGCAUCUCAAAGCUUGGCUUGCGGACCCGCAAGGACGCGACCAAUAUGUGACGUAUCGUGGGGAAGAGGUCGAAAUUCACUGGCACGGAAAGCCUUCCCAAUCAGAAUCGGCAAUGAAACCUGCAAGUAUAGAAUCGGAUUGGAAAGACUUUCUUUAUGUCGCAUGGUCGCCCCUGGGUACCUAUAUCGCAACACUACACCGACAAGGAGUACGUCUAUGGGGUGGGACAUCUUGGAAGCCUCAACAACGCUUUGCCCAUCCAUUGGUGAAGCUUAUUGACUUUUCGCCUGGCGAGCAAUACCUUGUUACUUGGUCGAAUGAGCCAAUUGUGGUACCCGACGGGGCACCUCAGGGACCGCAAUAUCUUUCACCAGACGACGAAGGGAACAAUCUUGCUGUGUGGGAUAUCAAGUCCGGCCACCUUCUCCGUACUUUCUCAACUGCCAACGAAAAUGACCCCCAAAGCCGGAAACAGAUUCAAUGGCCUGCCCUUAAAUGGAGUCCAGACGAUAAAUUUGUGGCACGGGUGACUCCGGGCCAGAUGAUUAGCGUUCACGAGCUGCCUUCCAUGUAUCUUCAUGGGAAGAAGAGUCUCAAAAUCGAAGGCGUCGUCGACUUCGAGUGGUGUCCGUUGGGCGACAAAGACCGAGAGGAAGCAGACCAAGCCAGCAAGACACCCAAGAAGCCAAGAGAAAACAUGCUUGCAUAUUGGACUCCCGAAGUUGCGAAUCAACCAGCCCGUGUCACUCUGCUAGGUUUCCCAAGCCGGGCUAUCCUGCGUCAAAAGAAUCUCUUCAAUGUCACGGAGUGUAGAUUGUUCUGGCAAAACCAGGGCGACUUUUUGUGUGUCAAAGUAGACCGCCAUACCAAGACCAAGAAGUCGAUCUUUUGUAACUUGGAGAUAUUCCGGGUCCGAGAAAAAGAUUACCCAGUUGAGGUAGUCGAACUGAAAGACACCGUAACCGAUUUUUCUUGGGAGCCCAAAGGCGAACGUUUCGCAAUUGUGGCCAGCAGCGACCCCAAUCUCGGUAAUGGUGGACCUGGCAUCACAAUCAAGACGGACGUCAGCUUCUAUCAGCUCGACCAUGGCAAAAACGACUUUAAGCUGCUCCGCACGCUUUCAAACCGGACCAGCAAUGCGAUUCGCUGGUCUCCCCGUGGGCGACACGUGGUUUUAGCAACCGUCGGGUCAUCUAGCAAAUCUGAGCUCGAGUUUUGGGACCUUGAUUUCACAACUGAUGAGAGUCAACAAAAGGCGAACCAGGAUUGGGGCAGCGGGAUACAAUUACUUGGUACUGCCGACCACUACGCCCUUACGGAUGUGGAGUGGGAUCCUUCAGGUCGCUACUUGGCCACGAGUGCCAGUUCGUGGACGCACACACUCGAAAAUGGCUAUGCGAUUUGGGACUUCCGUGGUCAAGAGAUAACAAAGCUCAUCCAAGAUCGCUUCAAACAAUUCAUUUGGCGACCCAGACCGAGGACAUUGCUGUCAAAAGAGCAACAACGGCACAUCCGCAAAAACUUGAAAGAGUACAGUCGACAAUUUGAGGAGGACGAUGCUGCAGAAGAAAGCAAUGUGAGCGCCGAGCUUAUUGCUCUGAGAAAGCGGCUUGUGGACGAGUGGAAUGCAUGGCGACAACGCACAAAGAACGAAUUCCUGGGAGACGGAAAAGGCCGGGGCAAACACGGAGCUGAUUCAGAUGCACCAGAGAAGGAAGUGGUUGAGGUUUGGGUUGAAGAGCUCAUUGAUCAAGUGGAAGAAGAAGAAGUCGUGUAG